GUUUCUCCCAUUUCUCUCUGACAGUAAUAACUGAAGCAUGACUCAUCCCGACGAGGAGUACAGUCACAUGAAGGCCUUGAAGAGACACAACGACAUGCUUGGUUUCGUGGCUGAUGCGCAGUACGGCGUCCCGACCAAGUGCCCGUGUGGUGGAGGUAUCAUUCCCGAGGUAUCUCCGUGUAACAAGUUUCCCAAUGAUUUUGAUACGCAACCUGGAAGGAGGUACUUCACCUGCAAAAACUUUGAGAAUAAUGGUCUCCACUUUCGUACGCCGUGGGUGAUCGCGAUUCAGGACGAGGUUACUAAGUUAGUAGACCGUGUCAAAGAGAUGGCUGAGGAGAUUGAUCGCCUCAAGGCUCAGCUUUACCAACUCCACCGUCCAUGAUCCCAUCUUGUUGCUCUAAGUUGUUGUUGUUCUAAGUUGUUGUUGUUCUAUGUCUUAUGAUGGUACUUUGAUCCAUGUUGCUACUUUCCUUCUCUAUGUGUGUGUCUUAUGACUCUAUGUGUGUGUCUUAUGACUUAAACUAUCUAUCUAAUGUUUAUGUGUUUUGUGGUUUACUUCUC